AUGAUAAAUAGUAAUGAAGUUUCUCCUGUUAAAAUGUCAAAUGGUAUUAAUUGAUGUUUAAAUACCAGAAUAGAAACAAGACAUAAUGAAAUCAAUAUUGAAAGAAGAAUCGAUGAUCAAUAUAACAUUAAAACCUAUAGAGCAAGAGAUUUUUUUGGCUGAAGAUCCAUAGGUGGCAUUGAUGAAAUUAAAAUGUUUCUAAGAACUAAUUAACAAAGAGAGGUAAUUAAUGGAGCUGAGAGUAGAUUAGCGUAUGCAGAACAUUUAGCUGAAAUAUUUGAAUUGAUAGGAGAAGAUGCAUAUAGAAAUUUAGGAUUUAUCCUUAAGUAAUUUGUAAAAUUAGUUUUAAAUCUAUUUAAAAGGUUAAAGACUCAUAUUCGAUCUAAUUGUCUGUUAUUCGAUAGUUACCUAUUCUUGUAGAGUAAAUUAAGAAACGAUAAUCAGGAUAUGUGGAAUUAAAAGAACAUGUUCUGCCAUUCAUGAAUAUAUUUCUUGAACAUUAAGACUUUGAUGUAAAAUUACUUAAUUAUGAUUAGAUUAAAAAAGAAGUUUUGACAUAAUUACUAAAAAUAGCACCCUUUUUAAUUGAAUCUGAUAAAGUUGAUACAAUUUUGGCGCAUUUAAUUGAAAUGGCUCAUGAUGAAAAAAAUAAUUAAAAUAGAAUAUUAGCAGCUGAAACUUUUGGUAAAACAGCUUCUCUCUUUUCAAUUAAGUAUUGUGAGUCUUAUAUAUGUGGAGAACUUUUAUCUCUUGGUAUAGAUUUAAAUGAAUUUGUAAGAGAAAAAGCUAUAGAAUAAUUACCAUAUAUAUCAGUAAGUCUAUCUUAGAAAUGUAUAGAAUUAAAAAUUGUGCCAUUCUUUCUUUAGUAUAUAAAUAAUCUAUUUUAUUUAGAUCAUGUGAAGAUAGACUUUUAUAAAUAAAAUGUGCAUGUAUUAAAUCAAUUUCAGGUAUUUCUAAAUAUGCUGGAGCUUAAAUAAAGACUUAAAAAUUAAUUCCAAAAUAUUUAGAUUUUUUAUCUAAUUAAAAUAAAGAAGUUAGAAAAACAGCAUAUGAAUAUUUAGGUGAAUUUAUUAGUACAAUAAAAUUUACUGAGAAUGAUUAAUAACAAUUAGAUAUUCUUUUAGCAUAUUAUUAGAAUUAAUUAGAUAAAAAUAUUAAUAUGAUGGGAGUAGAUGUAAAAUUGAUAUUUUAAUAAAUUAUAGCUUGUUUAUAAAUGUGCAUAUUAUUUUCCAGGAGUACUCUAAGCUAUAGGUCGAAAUCGUUGGUAAUUGAUUGAACCUUUAUAUGGAUUCCUUUUAAAAUAUCCUUCAGAUGUAAAUUAUUUCUCUAUAUUUUAAUAAGAAAGUUAAAAUAUCAUUAGCCUAUAGUUUUCAUGAAGUAGCUAAAUUAUUAGGUCCUAAUUUAUCUAAAUAAUAUUUGAUCAAUGUUUUAGAAACACUUGCUUAAGAUAAAUUAUAAGAAGUCAGAAAUGGCAUUGUAGUGAAUCUAUCAAAAUUUAUUUCAAUCUUUCCUAUUGAAGAAAGAGAUUAUGUUAUUGAUUUAUUACUUAAUUUCUAAAAGGAUUAACAUAAGUGGAGAACUCGUCAGAUUAUUUGUACAUCUAUAUUCCCAAUUACCAGAUGUUUUAAUAAUGAUACAAUCUUUUUUCAUAUUGCCCCUAUUCUAUUCAAAUUUUGUUCAGAUACUGUUGCUAAAGUAAGAUAAACAGCUGCCAAAAAUGUAGUUCAUUUAGUUGAAACUUUCGAAGAAGAAGGGGAAUAAAGAACUGUUAUUUUAGAAUAAAUUAGAGCAUUUUCCCACUCUAAAAGAUUCAAUUAAAGAUAAUCUUAUUGUUGGAUGUGUUAUAAAUUAUUUUGUAGAACUGAUUUUCAAGAACUAUUCUUUGAAAGACUAUUUGAGUUAUGUAAAGAUCCUGUUUAAUGUGUAAGAUUAUCUGCUCUCAUUGUUAUUGAUAAAUUUAUUUAAAAAGAAGGUUUCUCGAAAGAACGUAAAUAUUUAAAAUACUUAUUGGUUUAAUUUAUUGAUGAUUAAUGUAAAGAAAUUUAAUUUAUUCUUACUAAAUAUAAUUUUGUGAUCUAGAAAACUAAAAAAAAGACUCUAUCAUGUAGAUCACGUAAUAGUGGAUCUUCAAAUGGUCAUUUAGAAGACAUCCCAGAAUUUGAUGAAAAAAUUGAACAGAUUCGUAAGUCUUCAGGUAAAGUUUGA